UCAGUUCUGCUAGACAUGCUUGCUGAACUUUACCAGAAGCAGCCAAAGAUCGGUUAUCACCUGCUGUACUACCUGAAGGCUAGUAAAGCAGCAAAUGGGAAGAUGAUGUUGUACGAGUCAUUUGCUCAGGCGACGGCACUUGGUGACCUCCACACUUGUCUGAUGAUGGACAUGAAGGCUUGUCAGGAGGACGACGUCCGGCUACUCUGCUACCUCACACCCUCAAUUUACUCUGAGUUUCCAGAUGAGACGCUGCGGAGUGGCGAGCUUCUCAACAUGAUCGUCGCCGUUAUCGACUCCACACAGUUACAGGAGCUGAUGUGUCACGUGAUGAUGGGGAACCUGGUGAUGUUCCGGAAAGAUUCUGUGCUCAACAUCCUCAUUCAGUCACUCGAGUGGGAGACCUUCGAGCAAUAUAGCACCUGGCAGCUGUUUCUGGCCCACAGCAUUCCCCUGGAAACCAUCAUCCCCAUCUUGCAGCACCUCAAAUACAAAGAGCACCCCGAGGCCUUGUCUUGCCUGCUGCUGCAGCUUCGCAGAGAAAAGCCCAGCGAAGAGAUGGUGAAAAUGGUCCUGAGUCGUCCCUGUCACCCAGAAGACCAGUUCACCACUAGCAUCCUGAGACACUGGGCUACCAAAUACGACGACACUCUGGCAGAAAACAUAAAGGCCCAGCUGAUCAAGAACAACAACCAACCCCGCAAGAGACAGAG